AUGUUCAAGAGGCUGGCCAAGCAGCUGAUUCAGGAGCUGGACUCCGAAAGGAAGCUAAUUCCUCUGACCAGCCUGGCAUAUGCGGAGAACUUCCGGCCCCUCUCUUUGGUGACGAAAGUCGCUUCCAGGUUGCCUUGGCAUUCUAGGAAAUAUUCCCCAACCCCUUUCAAGUUGGCAGAUAUACUCCGGGAAGGAGCAACGAUGGAAAUAGAGUUGAAAUACUCCGAGCCACUACUGUUUUCUGUGAGCAUGUCCAAAAAAUCCGGAGCGAGGCUGAACCUUAAGAUCCAAAGUGCAGGAGUGAACAUUGGUGGCUUGGGUGCCACUUGUUUAUCUUCCUCGCCAGUUUUGGUGAGGAAAACCUACAUGGACACCAGAGACCUGUGGAAAGUCAAGACAUCGCUUGGCUUGAUCCAACAAAUCUACCCAAAGCUGCAGUUAUAUGUUGUGACGGAGGUCUUUGAGAUAAUGGAGCCACUACUGAUUGAAGAGGCCGUCCAGGGCGGAGGCCAGGGAGAGGUGACGGUUGUGGAGAUAUUUAAGAUAGAGGGUCUGGACACAAGAAUGAAAAGGAAGUACCUGCAGAUUCCCCGUGGCACAGUGGUGGCCUAUGUGGUUGAGAAACUCCGCACCGCUGAGGAAGACCUCUUAUUUAAUUGCCGUCUGAGUCAGGAAAAGUCAGUUUCCCGUCUGACUUACGAUGCCUUCCAGGAUGAGCUGGGCUCUUCACUGAUAGAUAAAGAUGUUAAGCUGGAGCUUUCCCUGGCUGGAGGCGUUGCCAAUCGAUCCAUGUUGGAGUUGCUGAAUGAGGACCUCCGGCCUCAGGUGGAAACCCUCCUUUCCCGCUUAGAGAUCUUCCAGACUACUGAGAAAAGAGAGAGCUGUGAUCUCUGGCGACCUCUGCAUUUCCUCUGCUCCUCCGUGGAAGACUUAGACUAUGAGCUCAUGCCCUUGUUAGAGGCCAUUUUGGAGAAGAAGAAAAUAGCCAAGCAUCUGGAGAUGAGUCUGAAGCACAGAGCCAGGAGGCUCAUUACCUGCCAGUGGAACAGCAAAGCAUGUUCUGAUCUGGCUGGCAACCUUUGUCACUCAACCUUAUAUGCCCUGCAGAUCUUAAGUGAGAAUUGA